CUGCGUAUGUACUGUAAUACGCACAGCGUGAACAAUCGACUCUCUGGAGACUCUCCGGGUUGAUCGAGGCGUUUCCAGCCGCCGUCUGGACUCCGGAUCUCCCGACAGCACUCUCUCUCUCUCUCUCUCUCUCUCUCUCUCUCUCUCUCAGAUCUCUUCCGACGCGACCGACGACAUGAGCUCUCCGCAACGAUGUAGCGCCUUAACGCCUUAAAUCUCCAACAAAAUGAGGAUGAAGAGGGCAGGAAUGCGGCCAGGAUGAAGCACAGACCCGUGUCUGGAGAGGAUCUUUUUUAUUUUCUUUACCAAAACUGACUGUUUUCUUUUUUGUAAAUCGGAGUCGGGUUUUUAUUUUUUUUUAAGAAGCGGGGAUGAAGAAGGAGGAUCCUGGAUUGUGGAAAUCAUUUCCGGAUGAUUUCGGCUUUUCGGAUACUGUCAUUUCUUUCACUUUAUAUCCAGAUCAAUUGUCGGGAACAAAAGCAAACGACAAAGUUGUGUUUUUCCAUCGAUUCGCUUGAAAGAAUUACACCUACAUAUGAUUUUUUUACCUUGAUUUUUUAAUUCUUGACUCACAAAACCAGCCUGCAUCCUUCUGUCAUUUUUACGGACCGUUAUUUAAACUUGACCACGACUUUAUUUAUCUUCACCUCACCUAUCAGUAAUAUUAUUAUAAUUAUAUUAUUCACAAUUGACCGACUUUUAUAUCCAUGUUAUGACAUGAUGCACAUUUCCCGACACUCCAGUCUUUACUCUGAAAGAAUUUAAACAUCCAGAAUUUUUUAUUUUAUUUUUAUUUUUAAUUUUUUAAUAUAUAUUUUUCUAUUCUAUGAAGAUGGAUAAAAGACGAUCGGGAGACAUGACAGUCCUCCAUCUGGGCCUCUUUGCUUUGGUUCUGCUCAGUCCUGUUACUGCCGCUCAGAGCGAGGAGAGGGAGUGCGCGUACGCCGAACAGCAGGAUCUGUCCAAGCGCAUCGAUGGAGGAGGAGAGGGGCGUGUCUUCCUGGAAAACAACACCAUUCGCUGCAGCCAGGGUGGGCGGUGCUACGGCUUGUGGGAGAAGAAGCACAACGGCGUGCAUCUGGUCAAACAAGGUUGCUGGGGGUCCCAGGGUGACCAGCGGAUGUGCCAUGACGACCGCUGCCAGGUGACGGAGCCCCCCUCCCAGAUCCAAAAUGGCACCUACCGCUUCUGCUGUUGUAGCAAAGACAUGUGCAACCUGAACUUCACCGAGGACUUUCCUCCACCCAGAUCCACCCCCACACCGCCAGUUCGUGAGUCAGCUCACCAUCUCGACAGAGAGGUGGCCAUCUUGAUUGCCUUGGCAACUGUCUCCAUGGUAGCUGUCCUGGUUGUGCUGGUCUUUUUUUGCCUCCGUGUACUGAGAGGACGUGGUAAACAGAGUCUCCAUAACCUGAACAUGCUGGAGGCGGCUUUCUCUCCGCCGUCGCUGGACCUGGACAGUCUGAAGCUCCUGGAGCUGAUUGGGCGUGGCCGGUACGGCUCGGUAUACCGCGGCUCCCUGGACGAGCGUUCCGUGGCGGUUAAAGUGUUCAGCAGCGCCAACCGGCAGCAAUUUGUUAACGAGCGCUCCGUCUACCGCCUCCUGCUGGACCACGACAACAUCACACACUUCCUCGAGACAGAGGAACGAGUUGGAAGCGACGGAGAGCCAGAGUACCUGCUCAUCAUGGACUUCUACCCACACGGUUCUCUCUGCACGUACCUGAGCACCAGGACGGUGGACUGGUUGAGCUGCUGCCGUCUGGUCGUCUCCAUCACCAGAGGACUGGCUUACCUUCACACAGAACUGGUGAGAGGAGACGUGUACAAGCCUGCCGUCUCCCACAGGGACCUGAACAGCAGGAACGUGUUGGUGAAACCAGACGGCUGCUGUGUCAUCAGUGAUUUCGGCCUGUCCAUGGCUCUGACGGGAAAGAGACAGUCGGGUCAGGUGGAGGAGGACAACACAGCCCUCAGUGAGGUGGGCACUGUGCGGUACAUGGCUCCGGAGGUGCUGGAGGGAGCUGUGAAUCUGCGAGACUGUGAGGCUGCACUAAAGCAAGUGGAUGUUUAUGCUCUCGGUCUGCUGUACUGGGAAUGCUUCAUGCGCUGCACUGAUCUCUUCCCAGGUGAAUCUGUGCCCACGUUCCAGCUGGCCUUCCAGGCUGAAGCAGGGAAUCGUCCAACCACAGAGGAAAUGCAGACACUGGUUUCUCGCCAUAAACAGAGACCUAAAUUUCCUGAAGCCUGGAAGGAGAACAGUCUGGCAGUACGCUCUCUGAAGGAGACGAUGGAGGACUGCUGGGAUCAGGACGCAGAGGCUCGGCUCACAGCUCAGUGUGUGGAGGAGCGUCUGGCUGAACUGCUCGUCCUCUGGGAACGAGAAAAAUCCACGAGUCCUGCUGUGAACGUCAGCACAGCCCUGCACAAUCACAGGAAUUUAUCACAUGGACAUCAAGCACCAAAGACUGGCACCUACCCAGAAACCUCGUCUUCAGCUACUGUUGAGGAGAGAGAGGGCGGAGCUAAACCUCCUCACAGUGAUGCGUCUUCAGAACCCGUGCUGAUGGGAGGAGCUGCAGAAAAGAACAGGAACUGCAUCAACUAUGAGCGUCAACAGGCCCAAUCUGGCGUGUCAGGGGCUGACGGUGCCACGCCCACCCCGCUCUCUAAACCCAUGGCGGUGAAGGGCGGUGGUCGUCCCCUUCAUGCUCAGCUCACCCAGGAGGACCUGGAGACCCCUAAACUGGACCUGAACGAGGUGCAGCGGAACCUGCGUGAGAGCUCCGACGAGAGCCUAAUGGAGCACUCGCAAAAACAGUUCAGCUCUGGUGAAACGGCGAGCUCACAAAGUCCAUUCUACCCGCUCGCGGAUGCGGCCGCCAACAUCACAGGGUCACAAGUUUCCACGCCUACGUCCGUCCUGCCCAAGCAGCAAAACGUCCCGAAGAGACCCAGCAGUCUGAGCCUGCACACUAAACCUGCUGCGGCUUCGUCUCUCAGGAUGAAGUUCGGCAAGUUGAGCAAAAGCAAUCUGAAGAAAGCCGAUGUGGGCGUGGCCAGAACUAAACCUGCUCCUGAGCCACGCCCAGUUAAGGUAAUCUCCAACAGCGCAGUCUCCUCAAUAAUGGCGAAUUUAAGCACGCAGGUGCCACCAGGGAGUGCUGCGAGCGCCGCUGAAUCUCAGGGCAAAGACGGUGCGAGCUCAGAGGAGAUGAGCUUCGGAAUUCUGACCGCCAGUCCGGACGAGCAGGAGCCCCUGCUGAGGAGAGACACACAACUGGAAAACAACACCAACAACAACAACAGCAAUAACAAUGGUGGUGACGGCGAGGGUGAUGGAGAGGGUGAGAGCGGAGACGGAGGAGGAGAGACCGGAGAGAGUGCCGCUCCAGUCGGAGAGACUUCCUCCUCAUCUGUAACAGAGCCUCCUGUACCGCCUCCUCCAUGCCCACCUGAACCGCCCAUGACCACGCCCCAGCCGACACCGGCGGCGCUGACGCAGGGGGAGGCGCUGCUCAGGCAGAACCGUGGAAGAAGACCCGAGAGACCGAACUCACUGGACCUGUCCAUCACUACGCUGCCCUUACUGGGAGGCCACUCAGACUGUGACGGGAAAGAGGGAUCAGGAGACAAGAUUAAAAAACGAGUGAAGACCCCCUAUGCUCUGAAAAAGUGGCGUCCGGCAACUUGGGUCAUCACUACAGACACUCUGGACGCUGAAGUGAACAACAACAAGUGUCCCGGAGGUCAGAACGCUGGACCUAGCAGAGCCAAAUCGACCUCUGCGGUUUACCUGAGGGGACGAGGGGGCGUGGCCUCUGGCUUCACGUCCGACCCCAGCGACUGCACCUUUUAAAAAGCUCAGAAACCUGCUUAGACACUUUUGAGAGAUCCGUGCUGGAUCCAGGGGCAUUCCAAAACAUGAAGCUUGUAUCCGGUGGACAAUUAUCUGAUGCACUGGGAGGAAAUCUCUGAAUAAGCACAGCCAGUUAUACCUGUACCAGUUCAGCGUUACUCUGACGUCAUAGGUCAUAUCUCUGAAGUUUUUGUUUUGUUCUGUUGUUUUUGGUUGUUGUUUCUGUGUGUCUGUGUAUCGCACUGAACGCGAGGGCUGAUUUAUGCUUCUGCAUCUGAAAUCAUAUUUACGUGUAAUGCAGACGUGUACACUAGGGGGCAGUGUUGCGUUGUAGAAACUCAGAACGUGGUGCAGUGGAGAGAACAGAGCUGAGAGAAAUCGAGAGAAUCACACGAAGAGGUGCCAAUAUUUACGGUUCAGAAAUCAUAGAUAUUGAACUAAUAAUUCUUUAAACAGAGAGAGAGAGAGAGAGAGAGAGAGAGCUGUGGAAAAUAAGUGGGUAUCUUUGUUGUAUUAGAAUCUGUGAACCAAUCAAAAACAAGUGGACGGGGCUUGUAGCUCUAUUUCGUCUCUACAAAAUGGAGGAGCUGCUUAUUAUUAUUAUUAUUAGCAUGUAACAAUGAACUAGACUUUUCUUAACAUUUUCUUCUUGGAACAAAACAAUUCAUGCUCAUGUUUUAUGGCCAAAUUCUGUUCUAUUUUUCCCCCUCUUUGGCUUCUUGUUGCUGAUAUUAGCAGUUUCUCACCUAGCGAAGAUCCUCCACUUUGUUGUAGCGCCUCCAUGUUGUUGUAGCAUACAGUAACCUGGUUUUUUGCAUUUAUUGUUACAAGAACCACUCCGGAAAAAACCUUCUGCUUAUGUUCCAUAAUCCACUUUAUGUGCUUUAGAUACUUGCAGAAGUAUAAAUCAGCCCCUGACGCUCGUUACCUCUGGAUUCUGUUUUGACUAUAAUCUAAUGACUUUCCCUAAACGCAAAGGAACGGCGGACAGACGAGAGCUUGCUGUAAGUUUUCUAAAUAUUGUAACCCGAAAUAUUAUAAAGAGCACAUCGUGGUAUAUAAAAGCGUGCACACGAUUUCUGUAAGAUGGUAUAUUCAGGAGCAGCUGGUGUAGAUGUGUUAGCAGUGUGAAGCCCCGCCCCCUUUUUUGAACCGUCUCGUUUUCAGCACCCCCGUCAGAUUAUUUGCUCUUAACAAAACCCUUAAAUUUGUGCACUCGAUGCUGCGGCUGAUUUCUUUCCAUCUCAGACUGUAGACUCCCGCAAGCCAAUCAGUGACAGCCGUGUCAAGCGUUUAUACAGACUGACACGCCCCCUAUUAUCUUUCGUUUAAUCGCAGCAUCAUAUUCCUCCAUGUUAAACGCGCAAACAUCCAUAAAGCUUGUUAGCAUAUCAGCUGGCACAUAUGUUUGUUUUUUUGUUUGCAUGCAUUUUAAUUUUAAUACACACCAUUUUUAGCAUUAAAAAAGGGGGAGACAUUUACCCAUCUGCUGCAUUCAUUUGCUUUGUAUGGAUGGAAAGUUGCAAUUGAAUAACAUGAUGAUGUACCUGCUGAAGUGUGUGUGUGUGUGUGUGUGUGUGAGAGUCAGAUUAUAUGUCCAUCUGUCUUACUGUAAGUGUGCGUGUGAAUCAUUUUCGUCCUGCAUGUCUAUAUCUAUGUGUUUUGUGUACACGUGAACGUCCGCGUCGAAGGACAAAAAGUGUCCGAGGUCAGAGGUCAAAUCAAUCUCUAUGCACAAAUACACACCCUGAAGCCGCUCUGAUCUCCCACCGGUCGCUGACGCAGCUCAUGGACACUCCUCUCUUCUUUUCUGACUGCUGCAUGGACGAAGUGCAUUUUUUUUCAGGAGCACAAAAUUACCAUCGACUUCGAGAAGGCCGUGUGUGUGUGUGGGUGUGUGUGUGUAGGUUUUUCUCUGUAUGUUCUGUCGUCACGUGUGCGUCGUUUUCAGUGUCGUUUCAGACUGUCGUUCGAUCGGUCAGCUCCUCACGCCUGUGAUGCCGGUGCCACCUCGGUGUACACUUUGGAAUUUGUGAUUUCUAUUGGAUUGCAAAACUGUAUCGUUGCUGCAUUUUAAUAAAUAAUGCUUUGCAGUCGCA